UCUACAUCGCCUCCUCUAUUCGCAAGCGAUCUCGGGUUCAUAACGAUGUCGGGGCAACCGGAUUUUGACGGUGACGCCGAUGCGGCGAUGCGCCAGAUGAUGGGCUUUGGCACUUUCACAGAGCGUCGAAAGAAUAAUCCACCUGAUACAUCCUUUGCCUCAUCAUCGGCAGCGUCGCAACCAGGAGGAUCUUCAAACGAACCAACAACAUCCAUCGGACCAACGAGUCUUAUAACCCCACAACACGCGUCUCAACAAGUACCACAAACUCAGGGUCAGGGCGAUGAAGAACCAAUCUAUGCCUUCAGCUCGCCAGUCAGCAAUACCUACUACACCAAGGAAGACCUGGAUCGAUGGGCACGGGGCAUGAUCAACGCCAAUGGAGACACUGUCUACUUCAAACCCGGGUUCGUCUCCAAUGACCCCUGGGCGAGGCUUCGUCCGAGAGAAGAAAAUGACAACAAGACCGCCGGAGCCUGAUCUGACGACGAUCUUUUGAGGUGUCUUUCAUUGGGCCAUGCAUGAACUUUGAGGCUCAUACAGCGGCUCCUCUGACGUUGAGACAUUGCCGAGAAGGGACCAAUUCAGGUACCACGACACGACGGCCAACACCUCAGAGCUGGCAAGAAGCCAAUUGCAUGUCGUAUUCAGCGGAGCCAUUCACUCCUGAUCGGAUAAGUGCACCGUUGUACGGUGUACACGCUGGUCAUCGACAUGAGAAACGCCAAGGACCCCUUCUUUCCAGCGAUAGUGAAGGACUGCUGCGAUUUGAGGCAAGCGAGGCGUGCACCCCCUAUUGUGUUGGGUUCUGCAACAGUCAAGACGGGUCUAUGAGGCCGUGCGACUGCAAACGGGUCGAUGAUAUGGCCUGAGAACGUCAUGAGAAGUUGAUGCACCUGUAGCACCCACGACAUCUUCCGCGGUCUGGUCGUAUCGUUUACAAACCAUCCAGAUGGGGAUCCUCUCCUGUUCUUGUCAAUCUCACAUUUCCG